AUGGAAGAAUCUCCACCAUUGAUCUUAUGUUUGGAAAACACUAAAGGCGAAGAGGUCGCGCUAAAUAUUGAACCUCAUGACACUUUUAAAACGUUUUUGGAUAAAGCCAAGUCGCUUUUAGGUUACGAUGUCGACCUAAACGCCAUAACUGGUAACCAACCAGUCACUCUAGAAGAAAGCGCGUAUACUUUCCUUCUAAAUGCUGAACAGAAUCUACCAGAUACUGUCCUGAAUCCACCUAACUUAGGAAAUAAUGCAAACGAUUCAGAUGAUCUUGUAUAUGUGUUAGAUGAUGGCACGCAAAUCCGCGCAUCACAAAUACAAUUCGACAAUGAAGAUCCCUUAACAGACUUAACAGCUGAAAAUAUACCAUUCGUUAAAUAUAAUGACUGUCCAGAUGAGAAUGAUAUUGUUAGUAACGAAGCUUAUUCAGUAAAAGAUAUAAAUAUAGUUGGAAGUCCACUUUCUAAUAAAAAUAGUCCUAAAGGCAGUUUUGUCAACAGUCUUCCUUUCAAGCUUGUCUGUAACAAUAUAUCUAAUUUCGAAGCGCAAUUUACUAAAUAUCUAGAAUCUAAUGCUAGAACGUUUAACACAAAUAAUAAACCUAAAAGUACAAAUGAUGGAAAUGAUAAAAAUAUACAAAAUCGUACGAAUAACUUCAAUACUCGCGAAGAAAUACUAAAUAUGUUUAAGAAUACGCCUGUCAACCCUCUACCAUUAGGGGAUAAAGGUUACGAAACUCGAAGGCAUGUAAGGAAAACUGAUCCUACAAGAUUAGUUUACAAAGGUUGGAAUCCAAAGCCUAACCAGGGUAUCGACACAGCCAUUAACAAACAUGAUUGCUUUAUUUGUUGCAAGAACAUUGAUAGCAAUGAAAAGCUAUACUUAUUCGACAAGGAAGAUCAAAUUUUACAUCGAUGCGAACAACGAAAGUAUAUGAGCCAACUGAAAAUAAUUUGCGAAAAGUGCCUAAGCGAAAACUUUAAACCAAGUAGAAUGAAAAGUCCGAGUCAAUCUUUAAACAACGAUGAAUACUUAGUCAUUAAAAAUAACCAACAAUACAUAUUCCAGAAGAUAUCAUCAGUUGAUUUAAAUAAUGCUGUUUAUGAUAUAGAAAAAGAAGAUUCUAGAAGCAAAGAAGAAUUUGUCAACGUAGAAAUAGGGCCUGAUGGGGAAAUAAUAACAAAAGCAGUGGACAAUAUAGAUGUAAUAUUAGUAAAAGAUGAGAAAAAAGAUAGUUCUAGUGAUGUUGAAAUUAUCGAACCGGAAAUGGAUAUCGAUAUUGAUAAUAUAGAAGAUGAAGAUGUAAAAGAGUUCUUGGGGAAGUACCAAAGCGAUGGCAUUGAUACAAAGGAAUUAAAAUGCAGGUUCUGCAAUCAAGAAUUCAAAGAGCUGUCAGAAAUGUUAGACCACUGUGAAGGACAUAAGCACGAUGCGGAAGACGGUGUAAUAUACCCCUGCCUUCUUUGUGACUAUGGCUAUGCUAAUCUUAAAUGGCUACACGGUCACCUGAAAGUAGCGCAUGGAAACGUUAAAAAAGAAGAUUGUGCUGAUAAAGAAGAAAACAAUGAUAAAACGAACACUCCAGCUUCGUCCCCAGUCGCUAACAUAACUCGAAGUUUUAUUAAAACAAUUGACGCUGACAUCGAAUCUGGUAAUAAAGAAACCACCAACGUCGAAGACAAUACAAACCAAGUGACAGAACAACGCACCUUUAUUACUGAAAUAAAACAAGAAAGUCUAGACAGCAGUGAUGAUUCAAUAUGGAUUGUGCAAACUGGAGACGAUGACGUCACUGAACACUUGGAGAAACUGCUUAAGGUAAAGGACGAUGAAAAAAAUUAUGAAGACUUGAAAAAACAUAAGUGUUUUAGUUGCAGCCAAAUAUUUCCAUCAUCGGAGACUCUAGCCAGUCACAAGUGUAGAAAACGAAGACAGAAAUGUAUGGGGAAGGAAGAGUCAGUUAUUUACGUACCCUCUGAAGAAGAUUUUUUGAAGUAUGCAGAUGACAUUGUUUUAUAUCAUAGUUCAAAUUCAGUAGAAAAUUUAUCUUUUCGACUUAACUCUGCUUUGCAUUACCUAGGCCAGUGGCUGGAUGACAACGGUCUAUCCUUAUCGAUAAACAAAUGCCAGGCUGUCACCUUUACCAGGAAAAGAGUAGCCCCUGUCUUUGAUUUGGUUUAUCAGGGUGAGCGCAUCAACCUGGUGGACAAGGCAAAAUUUCUUGGUAUAAUACUCGACAGCAAACUGAAUGGAUUUUCCCACAUAGAAUAUAUUUCUAAAAAAUGUGAAAAAUCACUUAAUGUAUUAAGAGCAGUAUCAGGUGUAUGGUGGGGUGCACAUCCCUACUGCUUAAAAUUAAUUUAUCAUGCCCUUUGUCCCCCUGAAACAUCUGUGUUUUCCGGUGAAGCUAUUGCUAUACUGGAAGCCAUCCUCUUUGCCCUCUCCCAUGACUUAGGACCAACGAUUAGAGAGGCUUUGCUCUCUUGCAGUCAAAAGGGUCUGCAUAUUCUGCUCGUCUGGAUUCCAGGCCAUUCAGGCAUUGCAGGCAAUGAGACAGCAGAUUCAUGUGCUAAAGCUGCAAUCCAAACUGGUAUCCUUGAUCACUACAAAAACUCCUGCCAAGACCUUCGUUCCCUAGCCAAAAUCCAUAUGGACAAGUCCUGGAAUUUAUCUUGGAGUUCAUCAAAAUUGAGGGGUCGUAAAAAGAAGAACAGAGAACAGUCAGACUCUCAAAUCGUUACUUGUCACAAUUGCAACGAAUCGUUUACUUCUAAAGUGAGAUUGAAGUUCCAUAUGCAGUUCCACGACCCUACAAACCUGAUAAACCCCGACGGACGGUACUCGUGCGCGGAGUGUGAAAACGUCAAGUUUGAAACGGAAACAGAACUUUUCGAUCACGUGCAUUUCCAGCACGAUAAGCAGAAACGUUGGCAGUGCCCUGUCAAGGGAUGCGGGAAGACUUUCUUUUUACGGGCAACUCUGACUAAACAUAGUCGAAUACACACCGACACCAGGCGUUACGUGUGCGUGACUUGUGGGAAACGUUUCCUUGAUAAACAGACGUUAGAUGAGCACGGGGUUACCCAUUUACAGAUAAAGCCGUUCCAAUGCCACAUAUGUCUGAAGCAAUUGACGCGUCGUUCUCGAUUGAGGAUGCACCUCCGUGCCCAUGAAGAGGAACUUUCUCCGACCCUGGUGUUGGCUUGUUCCGUCUGCUAUCGGCCCUUCAGGGACUCGGCUGAUGCUCAGGAGCACGCAAAUAAAUCGACAGAGUGCGUAGAAGAGUUUACUAAACAGUUGAAAGAAGAAACUGAAGCUACGGAACAAUUGUCGCCCACUAGUGGGAUUGUGAGGCGUGCUGUACGAGCUAGUGAAUCCCCUCGUCUCACCAAGCUGAUAGAUCGCGAAGUCAAAAACGAACUGAGUGUAGCUUUACUAUCGAGCUUAGACGAUGCAGCAAGAAACAUCAUACGCGUCGUUAAUAUUGAAAAGGCGUUUAGAUGCGAGUAUUGCGAAGACGUGUUCUAUGUGGAAAAUGCUCUCAACAAUCACAGAACUAUCCAUAAGGGUGUCAAAAAUCCGUUCACCUGUCACAUUUGUAAAGUGUCGUUUGCUACUUAUUCUAGAUGUACAACGCACAAAACAACGCACGGUUUUUACAAACGUAGUACUACAGAGGUUCGUAGUGAGGGUACGAGUGGCCCGGCCAGUGAGGGAAUUCUGGGUUAUGGGGGAUUCCCCGUCGUGAAACACUUUUUGUGUGAGGACUGCGGUCGCUCGUACCUCCACUGGACGUACCUGCAAGUACAUCGUCGUAUGAAACACGCGAACGAAAAUUACAUAUUUAAAUGUAACCAAUGCGAAAUGACUUUUCCUAACAGCUGGAGCAUGACAUAUCAUAGGAAGAAAGUACACGGUAAAAGCGGAAACGACGACAACGGAGGUUUCACGAAGAUUAUUCGAGAAAAUUAUAGGUAUUGUUCUAUUAACCACAUAUUAAUUUUCGUGCGUGCGUGCGGCCUUGGCCUUGUACUGUGCCGCUUGCCGCCGCACGCCGCAACCCCCGCCAAUUCUAAUUCCCCCCUAAAUUCGAUUAGUAGGUCACUAGGUCAGUUGGGCAAGCGCCGCCAUAAGCCAGUAGUACGUCUGCAUAUUAUUUAUAGGAUACCGUGUCGCGACUGCGACGCUGUUCUGCCCAAUAAGACCGAGCUUUACAAGCACAGGCAAAAAGAACAUUGUGACGACACGUUGGCCGGCUACGAAGGUCACAAAACGACUAUUUGCGGUCAGUGCGGACACAAUUUGCACAAUGUCACCGCUUUGCAGAAACAUAUCAGCGAGGCGCACGGCCCCGCGCGCCCGGCCGGCGACCUGCGCGGCCCGCCCUGUCGCAGGUCAAGCCCCAGAUCGAGUGUCAUCAAUCCUCUAAUUACAUGCUCUAAGACAAUAUUGAAGAGCAUUGGUGACAGGGCGUCGCCCUGUUUUAGACCGGUAAUAACAGGAAAUUCGUCGCUCAGCUCGCCACCAACCUUUACACACAUCCUGCUCACUCCGGUAGCCGCCACCACUAGGUUAACAGCUAUGCGGAACCAGAGACUGAUACACGCUGGAGUCCGCGCUUGGGCUUGCAAUAGAUGUCCUAAACGAUUCCGAAUCAAAUCUGACUUGAAGACCCAUUUGAGGUUGAAACAUCCGUCGCAUUUAGUAGUUAUCGAGAUCGAAGGGAACACUAUCAGCCCUGAAGAGAUUACACAACAAUUGACGCUGAAUAACAUCGAGCAGAACAAAGUUAUCGAAAUAUCGAUGAUCUCCUUUAGAAAGGACACAGUCAAUAUAGUACCGAACUCAUCGAGCGCUUUAUCGUUACUGAGAGAUGUGCCGAGGACUCAGAUUGUGUGCGAGAAGCUUCCAGAACCUUCUGUAUUUUGUUGCGUUACGAUAUGUGUGUGUGUGUGCGCGUGCGUGUGCGUGGGCGUGUGGGUGGGCGUGUGGGUGGGCGUGUGGAUGGGCGUGUGGAUGGGCGUGUGGAUGGGCGUGUGGGUGGGCGUGUGGAUGGGCGUGUGGGUGGGCGUGUGGGUGGGCGUGUGGGUGGGCGUGUGGGUGGGCGUGUGGGUGGGCGUGUGGAUGGGCGUGUGGUUGGGCGUGUGGGUGGGCGUGUGGAUGGGCGUGUGGGUGGGCGUACACGAUCGUGGAAUAUCCAAAACGCAACCGCCGAUUCAGAAUCAAGACUACAGCAUCGAUAUUAACACUGACAAUGAGAACAUUACAAGUUUGAACGUUCAAUUGUUGCUACAAGAUGGCGCCGCUGUCAAUAAUAAUGAAAUGGUGAAACUACAGUUAGACGAUAGAUCGUUCUUAGAAUAA